UGUCGUGCCUCGUGCAUCUGGGUGCACCGUCCGACUUUUUAAUCUUCCCUACUCUCCUGUUACCACGCCAAAAAGGACGGUGUAGAAGCAAAGCAGAUUAAAGGAUGUAUCAUCCCACCAGAGGAGGCGUUCGCGGUGGCCGAGAUCAAUUCAAGUGGGAUGAUGUGAAGGUUGAUAAACACAGAGAAAAUUACCUUGGUCACAGUCUUAAGGCUCCUGUUGGGAGAUGGCAAAAAGGCAAAGAUUUGUUUUGGUACACCAAGGACAAGAAUUCUCAGGGUCUUGAACAGGAUGCCUUAAAGGCAGAGAUUCAGAGGAUCAAAGAAGAAGAGGAGCAGUCAAUGAGAGAAGCUCUAGGCUUAGCUCCAAAGCGUUCUGACCGACCAAAAGGAAAUCGUCUUGAUAAACAUGAGUUUUCUGAACUUGUCAAGCGUGGAUCAACUGCUGAAGAUUUGGAAGGUGGUCAUGCUGAAGCAGCAAAGGUUCAAGGACUUGGUUUUGCCAGAGCUCCUUGUAUCAUGGAGGCAUCAACUACUGUUUUGCCUGGUGCCAAGGAUGCUGUUGCUGAGAUGGAUAAGGCUCUUCCUGAGGCUUCUGAGAAAUUGGAUAAACAGGAGUCAGAUGAGGAAGGUAGACGGAAGAAGAGAAAGCAUGAUGAGCGGAAACGUGAGAAGCACGAAGAAAGAAAGCACAGGAGGCGUGAAAAGCAUGAAAAACAUCAUUCUCAUGACUCAAAUGACAAGAGGAAACGUCGCAAGGAGGAGAAGAAGAAGAGAAGGAAUGAUUCAGAUUCAGAAUGAUUUCAUUACCUCCUUUGUAAAACAAACACCCCUCACAUUGUAAUUUUCACGGACCAAUUUAACUUCUUUGAUUUAUACUACCCUUGUGUAUGGUAUGGUGACAUGGUGUUGGCUACCUCGUAAAUGUAAGUUCUUUGCUAGUUCGAUCCUCAAAAUCUUCUUCAUAAUAGUACAUUUGGCUCAAGUCAUCACUAACUUGAAUCCUUUGAAUAAUUUAUGUCAAGUGCAACAGGCUAGUUAUACUCUGUAGAGCAAAA